UAAUUUUGAGCACGUCGGACGUGGAGCUGCGAACGGUUCCUUUUAUCUGGUCGGUGUGUGUGCUGCUGCGCUUGGCUGUGUUAUAGUGUGUGUAUGUUUUAAAUAAGUUUCCUUAAGAAUAUACGUAAAAAAAUCGUCAACGUUGCGGUUUUCUUUGUCUCUUGCUAAAUUUUUGGUGGCGUGUUUUUAAACGGAAAGUGCAGAAAAGUAACGCGAAAACGUGUGAAAUCCAGCAACCCACAUAUAUACAUAUAUAUAGUUUAACCUCAUAACAAAUACAACAACAAAUCCAACCAUGAGCUGGCAAGAUUAUGUAGAUAACCAACUUUUGGCCUCGAAUUGCGUGGCUAAGGCCUGCAUUGCUGGACACGAUGGUAACAUUUGGGCGCAGUCUAAGGGAUUCGAGGUUACAAAGGAGGAACUGUCCAAAUUGAUUAGCGGCUUCGAUCAGCAGGACCUGCUCACUAGCAAUGGUGUGACACUAGCCGGCCAACGGUACAUUUACCUCUCAGGCACAGAUCGUGUGGUGCGUGCCAAGCUGGGCAGAAGCGGUGUGCAUUGCAUGAAGACAACACAAGCCGUGAUCGUUUCCAUCUACGAGGAUCCCGUACAGCCCCAACAGGCCGCUUCCAUUGUAGAGAAACUCGGAGAUUAUCUGAUUACUUGCGGGUACUAGAGAAUAAAACACCAUACAACAACACCAUCAACAACAACAACCAACCAACACACCAACAACAAACAGCAACAAAUUUGAUAUGAGAAGGAAAAAACAAAAACAACAACCACUAAUAACAUAAAAGUAAUUAUUAAUAUUUAAAUUUAUGAAGGCCAAGAUAAAAGAAAUUGUUGCGGUUUUUGUGGGCAUAAGAAAUAAACGAGAAAUGUGUCGUCGUCAACGUAACUACAAAGAACUUUACCCCCAACUACAACAAAAUUAUAAAUUUCUGCAUUAUUAUAAUUAAAAUUUUGGUUCAUACGAGAUAAAAUAAAAAAUCACAAAAAAAUUACAAAAAAAUCAACAACAACAA